AUGGCCGAGCUACGACCAGGAUCCACACCCAAGCGUACGGUAUCGUUUGGUCCGUCUGAUACAGUCACCCUCACAUCCUCGGACGCCACCACCAAUAGCAGCAGCGACGUCGCUGUGCAUUCAUAUCCGUCUUCGGGCUUGGACGCUGGUGGCGGAUCGAGUAUAUCCGCAUCCGUGCUGAAAUCAGCCAUGAAGCCGGGAAAAGAUCGCAAGCGUCUGCCCCCUGCGGAACAGUACCAACACCCGGACCCGCUACUUCGCCGCCUUCGUCUUGUCGAUGCGCACGGUGUCCCGGUCGACCUACGAAAAACGUUUCGCGACACCAAAGUAGUCGGUUUCUACUUUGCCUCACAGUGGGCAGGCCAACCACUCAAAGAAUACCACCAAACCAUCUCGGACUUUUGUCGUCAACAUCCGCACGAGUUCAAAGCCAUUUACGUCUCGGUCGACGUGGAUGAACAGUGGUACAAGGCAGGCGUCAAGGACAAACCGUGGAUCUCGAUGGUUUGGAACGAUGGUAGCAGCAUGCCUGCCGAACGUGCCGACCGCACCGCUGCCAACUCGGACGGUGAUCUGGACGAACUUCCACAGCUGUACAACAACGAAGACUUCCUCUUGGCCAACGAGCAGGAUAUCGACGAGAGCUUGAGCCACACCGAUAAAAGCGGAGAGGCGUACUUGAGACCCUUCUCCAGGGUUCACCUAGCCGCCAAGUUGAACAUCAUCGCUGCUCCGACACUGUGCAUCUACCAUGUGCAGUCAGGAAAGAUGCUAGAGUGGAAUGUUCGGAUGGGCAGAUUGAGCAGUAAUAGGAGUAGGGAGACGUGGGAAAAAUGGCUCGCAGGCGAGAGCGCCGCCAACUUCGGUUUCACCGACGCGUUAUCGGUGGCUCCAUACACGAUUUUGAUCGGGUUGGUGGCGUUAUUGUAUUUCAUCGUGGUAAAGGUAGGAGGUGAAGAGUACAACGUGUUGAAGAGGACGUUGCAUAGCCUGUUGGAAGGGACGACGGGGGGCACGCAUCAAUUGAUCAAGGCGCCAAACGACGAGUUGUAG